CUCCAUCAACAAAUCCACACCGACAACGAUGCCACCGCGGCUCAAUCCCCUCCGCUUGGUCUCUAAUGUCUUCUCAGUACACCAUGCCUCCCCCAUAAUGCCAUUGCUGGCGCCUUUCCUCCUCCCCAUCCAGCACCGCUCCGCCUCGAUUCUUUCCAAUCUCUCUGACAAUCGUGGUGCAUAUAAUAAGAAGAUUAGACGAGGACGGGGACCAGCAUCGGGAAAGGGUAAAACGGCUGGAAGGGGUCAAAAGGGUCAACAUGCGCACGGAAAGGUGCCGGCAAGGUUUCAGGGUGGGCAGACCCCUUUGGAGAUAACGCAGCCGCCGAGGGGAAAGAAUAAAUAUGUAUCAUUCAAAGUCGAAAUGACCCCCAUCAACCUCGACAGAAUCCAGUGGUGGAUAGACCAAGGCCGCCUCGAUCCUACCAAGCCAAUCACAAUCAAGGAUUUAAACAGGACAAGGUGUGUACACGGCGUUAAAAAAGAUGGCGUCAAACUGCUUUCGAGGAAUGCCGAUAAGCUAAAGUCUCCCAUAAACAUUAUCGUAUCGCGAGCCUCCGCAGCCGCCAUCGCGCGAGUUGAAGCAUUAGGUGGCACUGUGUCCACACGCUUCUACUCACCGGACUCUAUCAAACGCGUGCUUCGCGGAGACGCACACCCCACCGUCUCGCUCGACGCCGAUCCCGCAUUCAUCGCUCGUACUCUUCCGCUCGCUAAGUCGCUUUCUGAACAUUGCACCACCCUCAGCAACCCAGAUACUCCCGAAGAAGCGAAGCAGACAGCUUUCAAUGCAGUCUGGGCCGAGGUUUCGGCGAAAUACAAAUACAGGCUAGCGGAUGCGACGUCGAGAAGGGACAUCGAGUACUAUAGGGAUCCUGCGCAUAGAGGGUAUUUGAGCCAUACAGUUAAGGAGGGACAAAGCCCGAGUUUGUUCUUUAAGGUGCCGGGUGAGGCUAAGGAUAGGAAGAGGCAGGAGGCUAGGAGGAAGGCCGUUAAGGCUAGUGCGGAGAAUAGGCUUUUCUGAACUUUAGUCCUGAGUGGGCUUGAGAGGGAGAGGAAGAGACCGAGUGUAGGAUAUAUGUAGAAUGUCUGAUGAAUGAGAGGGAAGGGCAGGCACAUGAUUGUAAAUAUACAGAUUGUGUAUCAAUCAAGAUUUUGGAACCCUUGUGGGCCUAGUAUCUUGC